AUGGAUCAGACGUUGCUGCUCUCCGUGCUGCUGAGUCAGCUGUGUUGGUCAGUGUCUCUGGACCUUCAGUACCACUUUAUAGAUAAGAAGAUGUCGUGGUCUGAGGCUCAGAGUCACUGCAGAGAGCAGCACACAGACCUGGCCUCAGUGAACGACAUGAAGGACCUGAAGAACCUGAAGGCUGCUGCAAACGGACGCACGGACGCCUGGAUCGGACUUCAUCAAACCAGUGACAACCCCACAGACAAGAAAUGGCACUGGUCUCAGCCCACAGUCAGAUACAAGGAAGGAGAAGCUCAGUGGACACCAGGGCAACCUGAUUCCGUAACUGAAAACUGUGUGGUGAUGACCAGGGAUGUCAAGUGGAAUGACACUCCCUGUCAUUAUCCACACAUUGGUUUUAUCUGCUACAACGAGUCCUCCAACACUACUGUCAUGAUCUCUAACAAAGGAACCUGGUCAGAGGCUCAGCAGUUCUGCAGAACUAACCACACUGACCUGAUGAGUGGACUGGACCAGCACAAACUGUUUCAGGAACAGAACCUUACGCUUCCUUCAUUUUGUUGGAUCGGUCUGUUCCGGGACACCUGGAGCUGGUCCGACAGAAGCGACUCCUCUUUCAGAAACUGGAACUCACACACAUCGAUAAAUCCAGAGACAAAGAAAUGUGCAGCACUGGGAGCCGAGGGCCGAUGGGAGAGCGACGACUGUGGACUAAAGAAAAGCUUCAUCUGUGAAGGAGCUCCGAAGAGAAAAAAGACUUUGGUGAAAAUAAAAAUGUCCUCACCAGUGGAUCCCAACAAAUUCAGCUCCGAAAUAUUGCAACAGCUGCAAAAACAGUUUGAAGCGAACAACCUGGGAGACGUCAAACUGACCUGGAAGAAAGACGAAAACCAACCCGUUUUCAAAAAGCAAAAAUCUUCCACAGAGAAAAAAUCUUCCUCAAAGAAAAGAUCUUCCUCAAAGAAAACUGAACUUUAA